AUAUUAGUUUUAGCAAAUCUUUAAUAAGACUGAGAGAGUGAGUGGCAUUCAUGAGCUAAACACUAAAGAGAGAGUUCAAGAAAGAAAGAAAGAAAGAAAGAAAGAUGAUGGGCUCUUUGGGUUUACUUCACACACCAGCUCUUGGGUCUUUACCACUUUCCUCAAGCAAGCCAACAAGAAAUAAGCAACACCUUGCCAUACAAAUACCAAUUGGAGUGACCUCUGGGUCUCAAAAAUUCCUUGGGCACCAAACCUUCCUUUUUGCGCCAAGAAUCUCAAUAUACAGGAGGGUGCAAGACAGUUCCACGAUCUCUGCUCUUGUAACAGAUGACAGCUCGACAAUGACAUCCGCUGAGGAAGACACAGACAAUAUUGGUAUCCUGGGCAGUGAUCCAGGCUUGGAACAAUAUAAAGAUCACUUCAAAUAUAGAGUGAGGAAAUAUGCUGAGCAGAAAGCACUCUUUGAGAAAUAUGAAAGAGGUCUUGAGGAAUUUGCACAAGGUUAUUUGAAAUUCGGAUUUAACAGAGAAGAAGAUGGCAUCAUGUACCGUGAAUGGGCCCCUGCUGCUCAAGAGGCGCAACUUAUUGGGGACUUUAAUGGAUGGAAUGGUGCCAACCACAACAUGGAAAGGAAUCAAUUUGGUGUUUGGAGUAUCAAAGUUCCUGAUUCUGGUGAAAAUCCAGCCAUUCCUCACAAUUCAAGAGUCAAGUUUCGAUUCAAGCAUGGUGAUGGAGUUUGGGUUGAUCGCAUCCCUGCUUGGAUUAAAUAUGCCACUGUUGACCCUGCAAGUUUUGGAGCACCAUAUGAUGGUGUCUACUGGGACCCACCUUCAUCAGAAAGGUAUCAAUUUAAGUAUCCCCGUCCUCCAAAACCCAAGGCCCCUCGAAUAUAUGAAGCUCAUGUUGGAAUGAGUAGCUCAGAACCCCGCAUUAAUUCAUACAGAGAGUUUGCUGAUGAUAUUUUGCCUCGUAUUCGAGCAAAUAAUUAUAACACAGUCCAGUUGAUGGCUGUAAUGGAGCAUUCCUAUUAUGCAUCAUUUGGGUAUCAUGUCACAAGCUUUUUUGCUGUAAGCAGUAGAUCUGGGACCCCAGAGGACCUAAAAUAUUUAAUUGAUAAGGCCCAUAGCUUGGGUCUACGGGUCUUGAUGGAUGUUGUUCACAGCCAUGCAAGUAACAAUGUGACUGAUGGCCUCAAUGGAUUUGAUGUUGGCCAAAACUCGCAAGAAUCAUACUUCCACACUGGAGAUCGAGGUUACCACAAGUUAUGGGAUAGCAGACUGUUCAACUAUGCUAAUUGGGAAGUUCUCCGCUUUCUUCUGUCCAACUUAAGGUGGUGGCUUGAAGAGUUCAAAUUUGAUGGCUUUCGCUUUGAUGGAGUAACUUCGAUGUUAUAUCAUCACCACGGAGUCAACAUGGCAUUUACAGGGAAUUAUGACGAGUAUUUUAGUGAGGCAACAGAUGCUGAUGCUGUUUUAUAUCUGAUGCUAGCAAAUUCUCUGAUUCAUAAUAUCUUGCCUGAUGCAACUGUCAUUGCUGAAGAUGUGUCUGGUAUGCCUGGACUUGGAUGGCCUGUCUUUGAGGGGGGAAUUGGUUUUGAUUACCGCCUUGCAAUGGCCAUUCCUGACAAGUGGAUUGAUUACUUGAAGAACAAAAUUGAUAUAGAUUGGUCAAUGAAGGAAAUUUCCUGGGGUUUGACAAAUAGAAGAUACACUGAGAAGUGUAUAUCAUAUGCUGAAAGCCAUGAUCAGGCCAUUGUAGGUGACAAGACUAUAGCUUUUCUUCUAAUGGACAAAGAAAUGUAUUCUGGCAUGUCUUGCUUAACAGAUGCUUCUCCUACUAUUGAUCGAGGAAUUGCGCUUCACAAGAUGAUACAUUUUAUAACUAUGGCAUUAGGAGGUGAGGGCUACCUCAAUUUCAUGGGGAAUGAGUUUGGCCAUCCUGAGUGGAUAGACUUCCCAAGAGAAGGCAAUGGGUGGAGCUAUGAAAAAUGCAGACGCCAAUGGGACCUGGUGGAAUUAGAGCACUUGAGAUAUAAGUUCAUGAAUGCGUUUGACAGAGCUAUGAAUUUACUCGAUGAUAAAUUUUUGUUCUUGGCAUCGACCAAACAGAUUGUGAGCAGCACAGAUGAGGAAGACAAGGUUAUUGUCUUUGAGCGUGGAGAUCUCAUUUUCGUGUUCAAUUUUCAUCCAGAGAAUGCAUAUGAUGGGUACAAAGUUGGGUGCGACUUGCCUGGGAAGUAUAGAGUUGCACUAGAUAGUGAUGCUUUGGAAUUUGGUGGCCAUGGAAGGGUGGGCCAUGAAGCUGACCAUUUCACAUCCCCUGAAGGGAUUCCGGGAGUGCCUGAGACGAAUUUUAAUAAUCGCCCCAACUCCUUCAAAGUACUCUCACCGCCUCGCACAUGUGUGGUUUAUUAUAGAGUGGAAGAAAAAGAAGAAGAAAGCAAUGCUAUUGAUUUGGUCGGUGCGAUUAAGACAUUAACAGCAGACGCAGGAGGAGCUCAGCAGAAAAUUUUCAAAGUAUCAGCUUAUGUUGAAGACAAGGAUAUUGGUACCAAUCCAAGCAAUGUGUAAAAUUUGGAGGCAGAAGAGAAGAACAAGAUGAAAGAUUUAGAAGCAGAAGAGAUGGGAGAAGAGACACCAGAUGACUAAAACAGCAGUUCGUUUGUCAAUACUCGAAUAGUUUCAGUGCCUGCUAGGUGGUAGGUGUGUGUAUAAAUAAGGGACUUUCAUUUAGGUUGUUCUAUAUUUCAUUUGGACAAAGGUUUUCCGUGCUUGUAUAUAUGAGAAGAAAGACGUUGCGCGAUGUAGUAUAAUAAUUGUCAUGAAUGGGAAUAUAAAUAAACAAGAAUUUUCUUUUGGAGAGCCAA